AGAAACGACAGCUGCACUGACUCAUUCUUAUCAGUUCCUCAAAGACCAGAUCGUCCUGCUGAGAACAUGGAGUUAAUGGUCGACUAUGAAAAUAUCACUUUUCAGGUGGAAGAGGACAAUGUAGAUGGAUAUCAGCCGGAACAUCUGAAGCCAGGACUUCGACUCCAACGACGAGAUCCUGCUCGAAGAAAUGUCUCACCGCUGAUCAUCUACGUUCUUCUGGGCCUCUGCAUCAUGCUGUCCUCUCUGGCACUUGUUAUGGCGCUAAUACUGAUGACACAGACGAGGGAAAUUAAGAGGUCAGAUGCUGAUUUUCAGAUGGAAAUUUACCAAUGGAAGAGCAAUGUUACAGGAACCUUUGAGAAUGCAGCCAGCUCACUCUCCGAUCUUCAAGCUGAGAUUUCACUGCUGAGGGCGAGUGCGUCCAUUUUCCACGCUUUCGACCAAUGGAGAUUCUUCAAUCAACGACUUUAUUACUUCUCAUCAAAUGACUGGACAUGGGAUGAAGCUCAAAAAUACUGUGUCGCGAGAAACUCUGAAUUCGCGAUCAUUAACAGUAACGAGGAACAGGGUUAUAUCCGGAGUAACACAAAUGUGGACACUUGGAUAGGACUCCAUGACUCUGCUGUCGAAGUAAACUGGCGCUGGGUAGACGGCACGGAUUACGACACAAAUGUCAAGUUUUGGGCGGAUGGUGAACCCAAUGGUCACAAGGAAUUCGACGAAGACUGCGCAGUGGUCUCUAAAGAUGGAUCGUGGCACGAUUGGCCAUGUAAUUCCAAGCACCCCGUCAUCUGUGAAAAACUAGCGCAGUGAUCUUUCCAUUGGUGUUAUAGAGGGGACAAAGCAGACAGUGCGUCCGGCUGUAAAUGUCCCCCCGCACAUGUGGAUAAGGUGUGCGACCAUUACCUGAGAUUGGCCACUUGACUGAGUCGGCCGCGCUCUCCCUCCCUUCCUUUCCCCGCUGCACCCACUUUAAAGUCCACUGCUGAGAUUCCGUUUUGCUUCAUUACCAUAACACGGCAUUGAAAAUCCCGCAUGCAGAAAUAGGUAGGAAGGAACUGCAGAUGUCGGUUUACACCGAAGAUAGACACAGAAUGCUGGAGUAAUUCAGCGGGACAGGCAGCAUCUCUGGAUAGAAGGAAUAGGUGACGUUUCGGGUCGAGACCCUAUUUCAGACUGAGAGUCAGGGGAGAGGGAGACACUGAGAUAAGGAGGAGCACGGUGUGAACGAGAGAUCAAAUGG